UGCCUUCAUAGCAACAUCAACAAGAUUUACGUGCUCACGCAGUACAACAGUCAGAGCCUAAACAGGUACAUUACCCGUACGUACGGCUUUGGAGACGGAGUACCUCUGGGAGGGGAUGGCUUUGUGGAGGUUCUAGCUACCACGCAGUACCCCGGGGGAUCUCGCUGGCCCGAGGGCAACGCGGAUGCCGUACGGCUCAUGUCCUGGGUCCUUGAGAAUCCCAAGUUGCGACAUGUGAAGCACGUGCUUAUUCUGCCGGCUGACCAGCUGUACCGGGCGAAUUUCGAGGACCUCAUCACCUACCACCAACAGCGGCGUGCUGUCGUCACGGUGGUGACCCACCCCGCUCCGGAGGACCAGGUCGCUAACCUGGGCGUGCUGCAGGUGGAUCCCGAUACCUUGGAGAUGGUGGACUAUGCUGAAAAACCCCGCGGGCAGAGAGAGCGGGAGGCCUUCCGCCUAGACGCCGAUCUGUCCAGGCGCGUGGCCGACGGCGCACCUUUCCUCGCCUCCUGCGGCAUCUAUGUCUUUGAGAAAAACUUUCUUCUGCGACUGCUCCGGGAGCACCCUCGCGCGCACAACUUCGGGGCUGAUGUGCAACCGCUUUCCGGCACCCAGCAGGUUCUCACCUGGCGGCUGUACGGCUACUGGGCUGACGUGGGCGCAUCCCUCCGUACAUUCAUGAACGCCAACCUAGAGCUGUGCCUGAGGACCCCUGGCGCGGACAGCCCCUUCGACCCGUUCGCAUACCACGACCUCGGCGCUCUGGCCCUGCCCCCCUCGGACUUGGUCUCCUGCAACAUCAGCAGAUCCACCAUCGCGCCCGGGGCGCGGAUCAGCGGCGCAACCAUCAGCGGGUCGGUCGUCGGGCCCCGCGCCGUCAUUGGUCCUGGAGUGGUCAUUCGAGACAGUGUGCUGAUGGGCGCCGACUAUUACGAGGAGGACCUGGAGGUGCGGUGUAGCUCGAGUGAGCUGCCGGUGCCACCCAUGGGCAUCGGUGCGGGCAGCCUGGUGCAGAAGGCCAUCAUCGACAAGAAUGCCCGUAUCGGCAGAAGCUGUGUCAUCGCCAACAGAGCCGGU